AGCCGUGCGGGCACCGAACGCGCCCCGGCCCCGCCGCAGCCCGAGCCCCGGGCGGCUGCGGCUGCUAUGCGGCUUCGCGGCGCACGGCCUCCACCGGGUUUGCGCCGACGCCUGGCGGAAGCCGAACGGGCUGAGGACUAGAGACGCCUGGCCCCGAGCGGGGGAACCCUGCAUUAACCCAAGGCUGCCACCGCCUCCAGAAGGUGCCCGGUUGGUGAGGGACUGGAUGAUGUGCCAGACCGCAGCCACUGCCUGUUGAGCCCGCAGAGGUUUCAGCGCCCGCCCAGGACACGCUCACUGACAGCAGCAGCACCCUGACCCCGACAAGCCAGCUCUGUGCCCCUGGCUUCUGCCAGAGCCCUCGAGUGAAGGAGCCACCAGGUCAGGGCCAAGGGGGUCAGGGGGCACACGUCCUUCUGCCCUGACCCAGUGGCAAUUCUUGCCUUGACUCGCCUGAAGACCCUCCACUGCCCUCACCCCUCUGGCAGCCCUCUCACAGGGCUGCUCCCCACCCCGGCACUGCUCGGCCUUGGACCCCAGCCCCGCUGGAGCGCGGCAGCCUGCCGGGCGCAGCCCCCAACCCCUCCCGGGUGCUGCCCCCGGGGUGCAUUGCCCCUCGCCUCCCUGGGGACCCUCCACCCGCUGCCGGCAGAGCCAUGAAGCUGCAGGCGGUGAUGGAGAACCUGCAGCGGCAGCAGCGUGCACGGCUGCAGCAGGCACUGGAAGCUCGGCAGCAGGAGCAGCAGCAACGCUCCACAACACCCCCGACGCAGCCCCCACCCGCCCCAGGGCAGCUCCCCACCAGCACCCCAGCACGGGGCCGUGGGCAGGAUCCAGCCCCGGUGCCCUCGGAGGAAGGAGCAGAGCCUGAAAGUGCACACAUCCAGCGGGCACAGAUGGCUGCCCUGGCUGCCAUGCGGGCAGCGGCUGCUGGCCUCAGCCACUCAUCCAGCCCGGGGCUGUCGGAUGAGAGCCAGGCCUCCGAGGAGGAGGAGGAGCGUGGGGAGGAGGAAGAGGAGGAUGGUGAAUACCAGCAAGAGAUGGGCUCUGAGGAGGAGGAGGAACUAAAAGGCAAAUGGGAUGAGGAUGACUUUGAAGAGGAUAUGGGCGAGGAGGAGGAAGAAGAGGAAGAGGAGGAGGAGGAAGAGGAAGACUAUGAGGAGGAGGAAGAAAUGGGAGAGGAAGGGCUCAGCUCGGCAGAGGCGGUGCGGGCAGGCACGGGACCCCUGCUGCUCCGCAAGCCCCCAGCACCCCAACACUACCGAGGCGAGCCGCAGAGGCUGCCAGGCGGGCAGGAGCGGCUGCCCUCCGGACUGGGCCACGCACAGCCCCCGCCCGCACCGCCCGACCACGGCGACUGGACCUACGAGGAGCAGUUCAAGCAACUUUACGAGCUGGAUGGUGACCCCAGGAGGAAGGAGUUCCUGGACGACCUCUUCAGCUUCAUGCAGAAGCGAGGGACCCCUGUCAACCGGAUCCCCAUCAUGGCCAAGCAGGUGCUGGACCUCUACAUGCUGUACACGCUGGUGACAGAGAAGGGUGGCCUGGUGGAGGUCAUCAACAAGAAGCUGUGGCGAGAGAUCACCAAGGGGCUGAACCUGCCCACGUCCAUCACCAGCGCUGCCUUCACCCUGCGCACCCAGUACAUGAAGUACCUGUACCCCUACGAGUGUGAGAAGCGAGGCCUGAGCAACCCCAACGAGCUGCAAGCAGCCAUCGACAGCAACCGCCGGGAGGGUCGCAGGCAGGGCUUUGGCAGCUCCCUCUUCACCUACUCGCCCGGAGGCACUCACGGCCUCCUCUCCUCCCCCAAGCUGCCGGUGCCGGCGCUGGGGCUGGCCUCAGCCACCAACGGCAGCUCCAUUGCUCCCGUCCAGAAGAUCAAGAAAGAGGAGGACUCCCCCAUCCCCAUCUCCAUGCCCAGCCGGCUGCCAGUCUCACUGGCUGGUCACCCUGUGGUGGCAGCCCAGGCGGCUGCGGUGCAGGUGGCAGCGGCUGCCCAAGCCGCGGCGCUGGAGCAGCUGCGGGAGAAGCUGGAGUCGGGGGAGCCCCCGGAGAAGAAGAUGGCACUGGUGACAGACGAGCAGCAGCGGCUGAUGCAGCGGGCACUGCAGCAGAACCUCCUGGCCAUGACGGCCCAGCUGCCCAUGAGCAUCCGCAUCAACAGCCAGGGCACCCGCUCACCAGAGAACCGCCAGGACUCGGCCACCAGCCUGAGCAGCAACGGCACCAACAGCAUCAGCAUGUCAGUGGAGAUCAACGGUAUCGUCUACACAGGUGUGCUGUUUGCCCAGACGCCAGGCCCUUCCUCCUCAUCUUCCUCCUCCUCCUCCUCGCUCCCCUCCUACAGCAAAGGCAAUGGAGGCAGCAGCAGCAGCAGCAGCAGCCGGAGCAGCGGCAGUGGCGGCGCUGGCGGAGGGGUGGGCAGCAGUGGCGGCAGCGGUGGCAGUGUGCCCCCCACAGCGCCAGCCAGCCUGGCUGUGCCCCCCAGCUCUACCUCCAACAAUGCUUCGCCUUAAUACCCCCAGCCCCUGGCCAGUGCUGGCAGCCCCAAGCACAGCAGCCAGCGGGUUGGGGUCUCACUGGGGGCUUGGCCAGGGUCUGGCUGGGGUCUCACCAGUCUUGGUCAGGAUCUGCCUGGGGUCUGACCAGGGCCGUACUGGAGUCUGCCUGGGACUUCACUAGGAUCUCCCAGGAGUCUGGUCAGGAUCUGGCUGGGAUUUCACCAAGAUCUCACCAGAGUCUGGCCAGGGACUGGAUGGGAUCUGAUCAGGGCCUUACUAGGUUCUGGCUAGGGUUUGGCUGGGAUUUCAGCAGUGUCUCACUGGAGUCUGGAGAGGAACUUAUCAGGGAUUCUCCAGGAUCUGCCUGGGGACUCAUUGGACUCUGGCCAAGGUCUUGCUGGAGUCUCACCACAGUCUGGCCAGGGUGUGGCUGGGAUCUCACUCACUGAGAGUCUCACCCAGGUCUGUUUGGGAUCUCAGUGGAAUCUCACCAGGUUCUGGCUGGGAUCUGACUGGGAGUUUCACAUGGGUAUGGCUGGCAUCUCCGUGUGAUCUCUCCAGGGGCUGGCCAGGGGCUGGCUGGCAUCUCAGUGUGGUCUCACCAGGGUCUGGCUGAGAUCUCAGUGUGGUCUGGCCAGGGGCUGGCUGAGAUCUCAGUGUGGUCUGGCCAGGGGCUGGCUGAGAUCUCAGUGUGGUCUCCCCAGGGUCUGGCCAGGAUCUGGCUGGGAUCUAACUGGGACUCUCCCCAGGGUUUGGCUGGGAUCUAACUGGGACUCUCCCCAGGGUCUGGCUGGGAUCUCAGUGUGGUCUCCUCAGGGUCUCCUCAGGGUCUGGCUGGGAUCUAACUGAUCUAACUGGGAGUCUCCCCAGGGCUUGGCUGGGAUUUAACUGGGAGUCUCCCCAGGGUCUGGCUGAGAUCUCAGUGUGGUCUCCCCAGGGUCUGCCCAGGUCCUGCCCUUGUUCUGGUGUUGUUGUUUUUUUCCUUUGCGAGGAGAAAAGCUUUAACCCCCGAGGCGGGGGUGUGGGGGGGAAGGAGGAGGAGAGGAGGAGGAGGAGGAGGAGGGGAAGUUUUUUGCCAGAGCCACCGGUUGGUUACGUCCCAGUGCGCCGCGGCCGGUCCGGGACCGUUUUACCUCACUCACAUCACACUUUGCACUGUACAUUUAUUAGAAUUGUAAUUAUUAUUGUUAUUAUUAUUAUUUUUUAAACUCGAGUUACCUCCAGACAGACGCACGGACGCCUGCCGAGCUGAGCUUUAGUGACCCGACCCUCCCCCCCCCCCCGCCCCCUGCCCGCCCUGGCACUCUCCAAAGGAAACAACAACCAAAAAAAAACACAAAACCCACCAAAAACAGAGAAACAAAGAAACAGAAUUGGAAAUCAGGAGAUUGGAUUUAUUUAGAGCCUUUUUUUUUCCCUUUCCCCCCUCUUUUUUUUCCCCCUCUCCUUUAUUUCAUCUUUUUUUCCUCUUUUUUUUCUCUUUAUUUUUCCUCCCCUUUCCCCCCCCCUUUAUCCCAAUUCCCCCCUUUUUUCCCUCCCCUUCCCUCCAUCCUUUACCUCCCUUUUUUCUCCCCUUUCCCCAUCCUUUUUUCUCCCCUUUCCCUCCCUCUUCCCCCCUUUUUUCUCUCCUUUCCCUCUCUCUUCUCCCCUUUUUUCUCUCCUUUCCCUCUCUCUUCCCCCCUUUUUUCUUCCCUUUCCCUCCCUCUUCUCCCUCUUUUUUCUCCCCUUCCCCCCCUUUUUCCUCACUUUCUCAUUCUUUUUUUCUCCCCUUUUUGCCCUGCUUUUUUCCUCCCCAUCCCCCCCUUUUUUGUCCCACUUCCCUCACAUUUUUUCUCCCCUUUCCCUCCUAUUCUUCCUUCUCUGCCCCCCCUUUUUUCCUCCUCUUUCCCCGCCUUUCUCUCUUUUUCCCCACCCUUCCCCCUCCUUUUUUCUCCCCUCCCUUUUCCUCCACUUUCUCCCCCUUUUUCCCUCUUCUUGCCCCCCUUUUUUUCUCCCUUUCCCCCCCUUUUUUGUCCCACUUCCCCUCCUUUUUAUCUCCCCUUUCCCCCUUCCCUCCCUUUUUUCUCCCCUUUGUUCCUCUUCCCCCCCUUUUUUCUCUCCUUCCCCCCCUUUUCUCCCCUUUCCCCUCCCUUUUUUAUCCCCUUCCCCCCCUUUUUUCAUUCCAUUCCCCCCCUUUUUCUCCCCUUUCCCCCUCUUUUUUUAUCC